UUGUUGUUCUUCUGACCGGCGGGGAUGAUGGAGCUUUCAGCAUCAGACUCUGAAUCUGAAGAUCAUGCCCAACCUUUACUUCGCCGGAAAGACACCGAAGACAUCCAGAAAGCACCUGCAUGUGGCUCCUCUCGAUACGGGUUGGCGUUUUUGUCGUGUUAUGGCUUCUUUGUGGCAUAUGCCCUCAGGGUGAACCUUAGUGUGGCGAUGGUGGACAUGCUGAAAAACAGUUCAAAAGCAAACACCAGUUCCUCCAUCUGCCCUCCUCACAACAUCCCUGUACCCAAACACAAUCACACCGCCAUGGUAUACGACUGGAACUCAGAGACUCAGGGCUGGAUCCUGGGCUCUUUUUUCUAUGGAUAUAUAAUUACUCAGAUACCAGGUGGUUACUUGGCGCGCAAGUAUGGUGCCAAGUGGCUUUUGGGUCUUGGCAUCCUCUGCACUGUGAUCUUUACUCUGCUGACUCCGUUAGCUGCUGAUUUGGGAGCAGGAUACCUCAUCGCUGUCAGGGUGCUGGAAGGCAUUGGGGAGGGAGUGACAUAUCCUGCAAUGCAUGCAAUGUGGGCUUCAUGGGCUCCACCUCUGGAGAGAAGUCGACUGCUCACUAUAUCUUACACAGGUGCUCAGCUUGGAACUGUAGUGGCCCUUCCUCUUUCUGGACAGAUCUGUUUUUAUCUAGACUGGACAUAUGUGUUUUAUAUAUUUGGAGCUGUUGGCCUUCUUUGGUUUUUCCUUUGGAUUUGUUUCGUCAGUAACAGUCCCAGCUCACACAAAAGAAUCACAGAGGCUGAAAAGACCUACAUAAUGUCAUCUUUAAAGAAUGAACUGUCCCCCACCCAAGAUUACAUCCCAUGGACAUCAAUCUUCAAGUCUAUGCCUUUAUGGGCAAUAGUUGUGGCACAUUUCUCUUACAACUGGACCUUCUAUACUCUUCUGACUCUUUUACCCACCUACAUGAAUGAUGUUCUCGGCUUCAGCAUUCAGCAGAACGGGAUGCUCUCGGCUCUGCCUUAUCUUGGUUGUUGGCUGCUGGCUUUGCUGGGUGGUCAAUUGGCAGACCUCCUGAGAGAGAGGUUUCUUUUCCGCACCGUCAUUGUGCGCAAGGCUUUCACUGUAGUAGGAAUGGCAGGACCAGCCGUCUUCCUGGUGGCUGCAGGAUACACUGGCUGUAACUACAUCCUGGCUGUGGCCUUCCUCACCAUCUCUUCCUCCCUAGGAGGAAUUUCAGCCUCUGGAUUUAACAUCAACCAUCUGGACAUUGCUCCCUCUUAUGCUGGAAUUUUGCUGGGAAUUACAAACUCAUUUGCCACUAUACCUGGCAUGGUCGGCCCUGUAAUAGCGAGAUCUCUGACCAAAUCUAACACUAUUCCGGAGUGGCAAAUUGUCUUCUACAUUUCUGCAGCAAUUAAUAUUUUUGGAGCCGUUUUCUUCACAAUAUUUGGCAAGGGUACAGUCCAGCCUUGGGCUGUCCAGACAAUACACAUCCAGUGACACUUGACUACGGUUAGCCAAUUCUUAAAGGCCAAAGGGAUGUAUGUACUUUAAAUUCCAUAGAGAUUUAUAGGUAAUUGCAUAUGGUUUACAAACUAAUGAGUAUUGCACAAUCUAUGUUUUAAUGAGUUAAAUUGAGCUAUUUUAUAUUGGUAAUAUCUGUAUUAGUUGUAAAUGUCAGUUGUUUAGACAAUUUUUUUAAUGAAACUGUAAAUGAAGGGAAUAUACAUAAGUGUCUUUAUGGUACAAUUGGCCAUCAUAAGGAGAUAAAGGGUUUGACUACACAACCUCAAACGAGUCCCUGAAUUAACCAUUUAUGUAGGGCACUCAUUAAAAUACUCAGUGGAAAAAUUCUGGAGUGUUACUGGGAGUUGAUACAAGACUUCUGAACUUGCAUAAAUGAUAUUGUACGCAAUGUCAUUGAAGUGGAACCCACACAGCAGGCACUGGACGUCAACAUGACGUUGUACCCCAAUGUCAUGGGGAUGUUGUAUUUUGUUUGGAAUGAAAAUCAGGUUGAUGUCAGAACCCAACAUCAGGCCAACAUCGGUGUUCAACCUAAAAUCAACCAAAUAUCAACAUCUAAUGAAGUCACCACUUUGACAUAUAUCUGACGUUGGAUUUUGGUUGCCAUUCCUGAUGAAUAAAUGUCAGUAUUUGACUUCAA